GGGUCAUGUGACUGUGAUGUAAUGACGGUCCUUAAGGAGGAUAGGAACUAGCCGUAGCUGCUACCUAGAGGAGAGGCCCCGCCGCACUGCGUUUCAUGGAGGGAGAGCAGGAAGCAGGAGCCAGAGCGCGUAGCUAAGGGAUCCCCCCACGGACGGACCAUGCAUUUACACCAGGUGCUGACCGGGGCGGUGAACCCGGGGGACAACUGCUACUCGGUGGGCAGCGUUAAUGACAUUCCAUUCACGGCCUAUGGAUCAGGGUGUGACAUUGUCAUACUAGCAAAUGACUUUGAGUGUGUACAAAUCAUUCCUGGUGCUAAACAUGGAAAUAUCCAAGUUAGCUGUGUGGAGUGUUCCCAGCAGCAAGGCAGGAUUGCUGCAUCUUAUGGCAACACUGUAUGUAUAUUUGAACCAUUUGAAAACAUAAACUCCCACAAGCGAAAUAGUCAACUGAAAAAACAGUGGCUCAGAACUGGACAGUUUCUCCUGAGUUCAGUGACUUACAAUUUAGCAUGGGAUCCGCAAGGUAACCGGUUGUUAACAGCUACUGAUUAUUUACAAUUAUGGGCCCCGCCAUCCAGCGACAUUCUAGAGGAGGAAGAAGAUGAUAUGGAGGAAAGCCCUGUCAUGGAGAAUAAAGUUCAUCCUGCCCUGAAUGACUGGAAUUGUAUCUGGCAAUGCAAGACUGCUGUCUCUGUGCAUCUGAUGAAAUGGUCCCCAGAUGGUGAAUAUUUUGCAACAGCAGGAAAGGAUGACUGUCUGCUAAAGGUUUGGUAUCCACUUACUGGUUGGAAAUCGACUUUCUUACCUCAAGAAUAUCAAGAAAAGAGGGGAAGUGUAAAGGAUGUGCACUUCUCUUUUGUUUACUUGGCUCAUCCGAGGGCAGUGAUUGGCUUUUCAUGGAGGAAUACAAGCAAGUUUAUGCCAAGGGGUUCUGUGUGCAAUGUGCUACUGACAUCCUGCCAGGAUGGUAUUUGUCGUCUCUGGGCCGAAACCUUAUUACCAGAGGACAGUUUACUUGGAGGUCAAAUAAUUGAGCAAAAUAGCUACAGCAGCAGCCUGUCUCAUAUAGGGAAACAGAAGGACAAGAUUGAACAUGCACUUGAGACAAUUCACCAUUUGAAACAUUUGAGAAGAGGGAGAAGGAGAUCUUCUGUCCUUGCAAGUCACACAGAAGUACUGCCAAGUCAGCUAAGUCAACAUGAUGUCCAUCACCACAUUUCCCACCAUGCUAGCUCACUGUGUCACUUCCAUAUAGCAGCAAGCAUUAAUCCAAACACAGACAUCCCUUCUGUAUUGGCUGGAACUGCAUUUAAUUUAGAGGAGGGCUAUGGUGGCUUUGUCGUUCAUUGGCUAAACAAUAAGGAAUUGCACUUUACAUUAUCAGUUGAGCUGUUUGUUCAGUAUUUAAAAAACAUUGUUGAACAGCAGACUGACGAGGGCGAUGAGGAAGAGGAGGAAGAGGGACUCCUUAUGAAACUUGAUAAUGGUGAGCCCGAGGGUGGAGGAUCACUUACAGGCUCUCCUGAGCAUGAGGAAGCAGAAAAGGAUUUGAGCACCAAAGCAUCUUCACCUGGCACUACACUGCCUUUACCCACCGAUUUACUGGACCGCAAAAUUGAAUCCCUUCUUUCUGAGUGGAACAGAAAUGCAGAUAUGCUGUUCACAAUUCACCCUGUAGAUGGCACCUUUCUUGUGUGGCAUGUAAAAUAUUUGGAUGAGUGCAAUCCAGGGAUCUUUAGACAAGUUCAGGUCUCUUUUUCUUCUCGGAUUCCUGUUGCUUUUCCUUCAGGAGAUGCCAGCUCCCUCAGCAAAAACAUUAUGAUGUAUGCUUGUACUACCUCAAUCAGGGAGGCUGUGUCUGCUGCCCUGCAGCAAGAAAGAAUGACUUCCACCAUCUCUGGUGUAAAUUCAUUGACUUGUACGAAAGAUCUUCUAAACAAGAAUGUUAAAUCUUCAACAGUCAUGAUGGUGUCAAAGCACAUCGAUGGAUCCUUAAAUCAGUGGGCAGUUACUUUUGCAGACAAGUCUGCCUUUACCACUGUGCUUACUGUGUCUCACAAGUUUAGAUAUUGUGGCCACAGAUUCCACUUAAAUGAUCUUGCCUGCCACUCUGUUCUUCCUUUGCUGCUAACUUCAUCUCAUCACAAUGUGCUGACAACCCCAGACACUGACAAUCCAUGGGAAUUGGAACGAAGCAGUAAAGUAACAGAUCCCAUGAAGAACUUGAAAGGUUUUCCUAGACAACACUUCAGAAAUGCAGCUACUCAAACCUUUCAUGAUCCAAACGCGAUUUAUAGUGAACUUAUAUUAUGGCGUGUUGAUCCAAUUGGUCCCUUAUCAUACAGUGGGGGAGUUUCAGAACUAGCUCGUAUAAACUCUCUGCGUACUGCUGCUUUCUGCAAUGUGGCAUGGCUUCCAACACUUAUACCAAGUUACUGCUUAGGUACAUACUGCAACUCUGCCAGUGCUUGCUUUGUUGCUUCUGAUGGGACAAAUUUAAGGCUCUACCAGGCAGUUGUAGAUGCACGGAAGCUUCUGGAUGAGUUGUCAGAUCCAGAGUCCUCUAAACUUAUUGGCGAAGUAUUUAACAUUGUGAGUCAGCAAUCUACAGCUCGACCUGGGUGUAUCAUUGAACUUGAUGCAAUAACAGACAAGUGUGGUUCAAGUACUCAGCUACUUCAUGUCUUUCAAGAGGAUUUUAUUUUGGGUUAUAAACCUUAUAAAGAAGAAAUGAAGGAGAAAGAGACAGAGGUUUUCUUCCAGCCUUCCCAAGAUAGGGCCUCCAGAACUGAAAGCAGUAUUGAAGGUUAUCGUCCACCACCUUUCUCUGAGAAAUUCUUUCUUGUGGUUAUUGAAAAAGAUCUUAACAACCGCUCCAUUUUAAAUAUGUGGCACCUUCACUUGAAAUCUGUCCAAGCUUUUGUGGCAAAGCCUGCUGAAGUUACGGUAUCUGAAAACUUUCUUAAUGUUCCUGGGCAAAAAACUGCAGAAUCCUCACCUGAUACGUCUCCUGGCACAAGCCCUAUGACACGAUCAGCAUCAAUUGCUAACCUUCAGACCGCUAGCAAGCUAAUUCUAAGCUCAAAACUUGUGUAUAGCGAACCACUAAAUAUACCAAGAGGUGUAGAAGUGAUAAGGGCAACUCCAUCAGCAGGCCACCUAAGUUCAUCUUCUAUUUACCCAGUGUGCCUUGCACCAUACCUUCUGGUUACAACCUGCUCUGAUAACAAAGUGCGAUUCUGGAAGUGCAAUGUAAAGUCAUUUCAGGAUGGUGAAAAUGAGGAAAAGCAUAGCUAUCAGUGGAAAGAAUGGUCUUUAAUGAACGAUGGACAGGAUGAAAGUACCAGUUCUGUAACUGUUGCAGGAAAGCCAGUUGCAGUAAGCUGUUCUUAUACAGGAAGGCUUGCAGUGGCAUACAAGCAACCCAUUCAGCAUAAUGGUUUUGUUUCCAAAGAAUUUUCUAUGCAUGUCUGCCUUUUUGAAUGUGAAUCUACUGGGGGCUCAGAAUGGGUAUUAGAACAAACAAUUCAUCUUGAUGACUUGAUCAGAAUUGGCAGCAUGCUUGAUGCUCGUGUCAGUGUCGAUAGCAAUUUGUUUGUGUACAGUAAAUCGGAUGUGUUCCUAAACAACGACAAACAUCUAAUGCCCAACAUAAAGCAUUUAGUACAUUUAGACUGGGUCUCGAAGGAAGAUGGUUCACAUAUACUAACUGUGGGAGUUGGCUCUAAUAUUUUUAUGUAUGGGCGACUCUCCGGUAUUGUAACAGAUCAGACCAACAGCAAGGAUGGAAUUGCUGUCAUUAAUUUGCCACUAGGUGGUAGUAUAAAACAAGGCAUUAAAUCCAAAUGGGUUUUGCUGAGAUCAGUUGACUUGGUAUCUUCUGUGGAUGGCACUCCUUCGUUGCCAGUUUCUUUGUCGUGGGUCAGAGAUGGAAUCCUGGUGGUUGGAAUGGACUGUGAAAUGCAUGUGUAUGCACAGUGGAAACAAGGGAUGACGUCUGGUGAUAGUGAAACCACAGCAAGUGAAGACAAAGUACAUAAAUCUCAGUCUGAAUUGUUUCAGACGCAUCUUGUCAGUAAGAAAACUAGCGUUAUUGAUGGAGCAGCUAUUGUAGAUGAUGUCUUUGGCGGCCCAACUGUAAUUCAGGAUGGAGGCCUUUUUGAGGCUGCCCAUGUAGUAUCCCCAACCCUUCCACAGUACCACCCUACUCAGUUGCUUGAACUAAUGGACCUGGGAAAAGUAAGAAGAGCAAAAGCAAUACUUUCACAUUUGGUAAAAUGCAUUGCAGGAGAAGUUGCCCUAGUUAAAGACCUAGAUGCUGGAGAUGAAGCUGCGCCAAAACGUCAUCUUUCAAGAACUAUUAGUGUAAGUGGCAGCACUGCAAAAGAUAUGAUAAUUACAGGGAAGGAUGUAACCCGAGAGUACACUGAAAUAGAUUCUAUCCCUCCACUGCCACUAUAUGCCCUUCUUUCUGCAGACCAAGAUGCCCCAUAUUCAAUUACAGAAGAAACUACAAAGAUGUCUCAGACCUCAAAAUGCAGCUUUGAUACUAAAGCAGAGGACCAGUAUUCUGAUUUAUUUACUGUUCAGACCGUGACAACCGAUGAUUUUAUUGGUUUUGAAACUGAGAAAAGAGAAAGUAAAUCCAAAGUAAUCAACCUGUCUCAAUAUGGUCCAACCUACUUUGGGCGCGAGCAUGCCAGUGUGCUUUCCAGCCAUCUUAUGCACUCAAGUUUGCCAGGCCUGACCCGUUUAGAACAGAUGUUUCUUGUUGCUUUAGCAGACACUGUAGCCACGACGAGUACAGAAGUUGUAGGAAGCAGAAAUAACAACUACACAGGGGGAGACAAUCUGGAUGAAUGUGGCAUAAGAUACUUGCUGGCCAUGCGUUUGCACACCUGCCUACUGACAUCACUUCCGCCUCUAUACAGAAUUCAGUUGCUCCACCAAGGCAUAUCCACCUGUCAUUUUGCUUGGGCAUUUCACUCAGAGGCUGAAGAGGAGUUAAUUAACAUGAUUCCUGCUAUUCAACGUGGUGAUCCACAGUGGUCAGAACUAAGGGCAAUGGGUAUUGGUUGGUGGGUCCGUAAUAUCAACACACUCAGAAGAUGCAUAGAGAAGGUUGCUAAAGCAGCCUUUCAAAGAAACAAUGACCCAUUAGAUGCUGCAGUUUUUUACCUUGCAAUGAAGAAGAAGGCUGUGCUUUGGGGUCUCUUCAGAUCCCAGCAUGAUGAAAAAAUGACACAGUUCUUUAGCCAUAAUUUUACUGAAGAUCGAUGGCGCAAGGCAGCAUUAAAGAAUGCUUUCUCGUUGCUUGGAAAACAGCGUUUUGAGCAGUCUGCUGCCUUCUUCUUACUGGCUGGCUCAUUAAAGGAUGCUAUUGAGGUAUGUUUGGAAAAAAUGGAAGACAUUCAGCUGGCAAUGGUAAUUGCCCGUCUAUACGAAUCAGAAUUUGAUACAUCAUCAACAUAUGAAUCUCUGCUCUACGAAAGAGUAUUGGGAUGCCAGAAGGAUGGUACAAGUUUCUGCUGCACAAAACUGCACCCUGAUCCCUUUCUGAGAAGUAUUGCCUAUUGGAUAAUGAAGGACUAUCCAAAGGCAUUAGAUACUCUGCUGGAGCAAACGCCCAAAGAAGAUGAUGAAAACCCCAUUCUUAUCAAAUCAUGCAAUCCAGUGGUCUUCAGUUUCUAUAAUUACCUUCGGACUCACCCUCUGCUGAUCCGCAGACAUUUUGGAGCUCCUGAAGCAACCACAAAGAAUUAUGUGGAUGAAAUUACACUUAUAGAAAGAAAAUUGUUUUUCACUACUGCAAAUGCUCAUUUCAAAGUUGGAUGUCCCGUUCUUGCACUAGAAGUUCUAUCAAAGAUUCCCCAACUAACCAAACUAUUUCCUAUUAAUGAGGAAGAUACAGGUUUGCCUUUGUUUGGCAAAAGCAGUGUACAAUCUGCUAACAAACUUAGCAUCAAUAGAGAAGUAAGUGAACCAGCAUCAACAUUGAUAAAAGUGACUGCUUUUGAAGAUUCUACUUCCAAUUUUGACUGGGGGUUGUCAGCUAUGAAGGUAGAGGAUGAGCAACUUCAGCUAGACUGGGGUGAUGAUAAGGAAAAUGAAACAGAUGAUGAUGAUGACUUACAAUUGAAAACUCUUGAAAAGAGUGAUCACAAGAUAAAAGAUGUAAGCGAAAAGGUGCAGCCAGCAGAAAUCAUAUCUGGUGGCAACGAAGUUGAUGUGAUUGCCGAACAGCUCAAGUUCAGAGCAUGUUUGAAAAUUCUCAUGACUGAACUUAGAACUUUAGCUACAGGACACGAAGUAGAUGGCGGAAAAUUGAGAUUCCAACUCUAUAGCUGGUUGGAGAGAGAAAUAGCUGCAAUGCAUAAAAUAUUCAACCAUGAAUCUGACAGUAAAGAUUAUUCAAGUGAAACCCAUGAAUCCAGUGAGAUUUUAGAUCCUCAAGAAGAAAAGACUGAUAUUGGAUCUUAUGAACGGCAUCAGAUUGAACGCCGCAGGUUGCAAGCCAAACGUGAACACGCAGAGAAACGAAAGCGAUGGCUGCAAAAAAAUCAGGCUUUGUUAAGGGUAUUUUUGAGCUAUUGCAGCUUACACGGUGCACAAGGGGGUGGCCUGGCCUCUGUACGGAUGGAACUUAAAUUUUUACUGCAAGAGUCUCAACAGGAAACUACAGUAAAGCAGCUUCAGUCGCCGCUUCCUCUUCCUACAACACUCCCCUUGUUGUCUGCAAGUGUCGCUGUAACAAAAACUGUAAUUGCUAACCCUGUGCUAUACCUGAAUAAUCACAUCCAUGAUAUUCUGUACACUAUUGUACAAAUGAAGAAUCCUCCCCAUCCGGAUAAUAAAGACCCAAAAGUGGACACACUUCAUUUGUUGGGAGCAUCUUUGUCUGCCUCUAUAUACCAAGCUUUGUGUGACAGCCAUAGUUACAGCAGCCAGGGAGAAGCAAAUCAGUUUACUGGCAUGGCCUACCAGGGCCUACUAUUGAGUGACCGACGAAGGCUAAGGACAGAAAGCAUUGAAGAACAUGCCACACCAAAUUCAACUCCAGCAUCAUGGCCAGGUGUUAGCUCUCUUAUAAACCUCCUUACAACAGCACAAGAUGAAGACCAGCCUAAGCUGAACAUUUUGCUGUGUGAAGCUGUUGUAGCUGUAUAUGUGAGCCUUUUGACCCAUGCUCUUGCAACUGACUCCUGUAGUCAAAUGUUCCGGCUGGCAGCUCAUCCAUUGAAUAGUCGAAUGUGGGCAGCUGUUUUUGGGGGUGGUGUUAAGCUUGUUGUGAAACCAAGAAAACCACCAGAAAGUGUUCCAGGUAAAACAAAAGAUUUGGAUGAGCACAAAAAAGAAUGUGCUUGUCCAUUGCCAAAUGAGAAGCAUCCUACGCAAGACACUGCAUUACUUUCCCGAAAAGAAAACACUUCUGUCAUUGAUAUGACUCUCGAGUCACAAGUGUGUGCCAUCCCUGCCCUCUCUGAAGAAAUAGAUAAACAUCGACGAAGGUUUAACAUGCGAAUGCUUGUGCCUGGUCGACCAGUAAAAGAUGUUGCUGUCCCACCACCAGUUCCCACAGAAAGGCCGACAUACAAAGAGAAAUUUAUUCCUCCCGAGUUGAGCAUGUGGGAUUACUUUGUUGCCAAGCCUUUCCUCCCCCUAUCUGACAGCGGUGUCAUUUAUGACUCAGAUGAAAGUAUCCCAAGUGAUGAGGAGGAAGAUGACGAUGCAUUUCUUUCAGACACUCAGUUACAGGAGCACACAAACUCUAGCUCCUACAGCUGGACACUAAUACGCUUGGCAAUGGUGAAACUUGCAAUCCACAAUCUUAAGCAGUUCUUUCCCACAGCUGGCCUUGAAUUCUCUGAUCUCCCUGUAACAUCACCAUUGGGCAUUGCUGUUGUAAAAAACCUAGAAAACUGGGAGCAGAUACUUCAAGAGAGGAUGGACGAAUUUGAAGGCCCCCCACCAAACUAUAUAAAUAUAUAUCCUAGUGAACUAGCUGCAGGAGCGGGACCUGCUGCCUUACGUCUCAAGGCUUUAUUAGAUGCUGAAAAUACACCUUUUAAGUCCAAAGAUUACUCUGCAUUUCCACUACGAAGGCUUUGGCACUUUCUUGUGAAACAGGAGCUUCUCCAGGACUCAUUUAUAAGAUAUGCCUUUACCAAGAAAAGAAAGCAAAGUGAGUCAGUAGAAGACAAUACGGAGCAUUACAAAGUAAACAGCGACCAUCAGAAAAACAAGGUUGAAGCAGAUCUUGGUUAUCCAGGAGGAAAAGCAAAAAUAAUUCACAAAGAGUCUGAUAUUAUUAUGGCUUUUGCAGUUAACAAGGCAAACAACAAUGAGAUUGUCUUGGCUUCCACUCAUGAUGUACAAGAGCUAGAUGUAUCAAGUCUCCUGGCAGCCCAGCCGUACAUAUGGAUUGGAGAAGAAUAUGACAGAGAAUCUAAAAGCUCAGAUGACCUCGAUUUUAGAGGUUCUCUGUCUGCUAUUCCUCAGUCAAAUGUGGCUUCCUUCAGCCUUAGCCAGAUGCAAUCCUCUUCAUCCAUGCCUUGGCUAGGUAGCGGGCAGACAGCCACUGGAGCUGGAGUGAUCAUAAAGAGAAAUUUAAAUAAUGUGAAAAGAAUGGCCUCACAUCCUGUCCACCAGUAUUAUCUUACCGGUGCUCAGGAUGGCAGUGUGCGCAUGUUUGAAUGGAGUCGUCCCCAACAGCUUGUCUGCUUCCGACAGGCUGGAAAUGCACGCGUUACAAGAUUGUAUUUUAAUGCUCAGGGGAAUAAGUGUGGUGUUGCUGAUGGUGAAGGAUUUUUAAGUAUCUGGCAAGUAAACCAGAAUGUAACAAGUCCAAAACCUUAUCUGAACUGGCAGUGUCAUACUAAAACAACAAGUGACUUUUCAUUCAUAACAUCAUCAAGCUUAGUUGCUACAGCUGGACAAUCCAGUGACAACAGGAAUGUUUGCCUAUGGGAUACAUUAAUAUCACCUAAUAACAGUCUUGUUCAUGCAUUUAAUUGCCAUGAGAAUGGUGCAACAGUUCUUCAGUACGCAACCAAACAGCAGCUCUUGAUUACUGGUGGAAGGAAAGGUGGAAUCUGCAUCUUUGACAUUAGGCAGAGGCAAAUACUUCAUUCCUUCCAGGCUCAUGAUUCUGCAAUUAAAGCCCUUGCUCUGGAUUUAUCUGAGGAGUAUUUUGUUACUGGUUCCGCAGAAGGUAACAUGAAGGUGUGGAAGUUAACAGGCCAUGGUUUAAUUCAUUCAUUCAAAAACGAGCAUGCAAAGCAGUCAAUAUUCCGUAACAUUGGUGCUGGCGUUAUGCAGAUCGAAGUAGGAGAAAACAAGCGCAUCUUCUCCUGUGGAGCAGAUGGCACUUUGAAAAUGAGGAUGAUGCCCGCUGCCUUGAAGACACAGUCUGGUAUUUUUGACAUCCUCUAAACAGAUUGUGUUCCAGUUUUCAGCUUCCAGGUUUUGGUCUGAGUCUUUUGAAGAAUUUAGUUUCUUCUUAAAAACAAGAUAGCUAUUUUUUUUUUUAACUGGAGCCAUAAGGGUUAAUCACUGAAAAAAAUACUGUUACUUAAGCAUUGUAUGUGUUACAUGGGAUGGAUCUGCAUGUACAUUAUGUUCUGAAAACGAAAGCAGUCAGUGAAGUAGAGUAACGUCUCAUGUAGUCUUUAUGCAGAAUUAGAUGAACUUUUUUCACUAUGGCGCAACGUAAAGCCUUCACCAUGCAAUGAAAUGCAUACGUAUAAGAUGUCAUCAAGAAUAAACACAUGGAAUAAAUCCAUGCCUCAGCUGUUUACAGUCUCUUGCAUGUGGGGAUUAUUUACAUGUUGUGCGCAUACGAUGUGCAAGCAAGCUGGUACCACAUGUUCAGCCCAGGAGCGCUGCUGGAGCCAAGUAACCAUGAAAGAGUAGAGCGCCAUAUAUUCCACAAAGUGAAGGCAUUAGGAACUGCUGAUACCAGUGUGGUUAUUGGUGAGAUGGGAAAUGUUUCUUCCAGUUUACAAUUUCUUUGUCCUUUUUUUUUUCCUUUCUAAUUUUUCCAUUGAAAUCAAGGACAGCUGGCUUUGAACAGUUCCAGAUAUAUUUUCAGAAAGCAUGAUUAUGUUUUUUGUGCAAAAAUGAAGCUAGUGUAUGUAUGUAUUGUCACUUCCAGAUACCGCACUAGGACGUUUGCGCUAUGGAAGUUUACCUAAAGGACACCAUUAAGCUGCUUAUUUUAGGAUAAACAUUUUUGUUAUUGAAGGUUUUCUUUUAUGACUUUUUUUUAAACCGGCUUUUAUGGUGGUUUUUCUUUUUUUUUUUUUUAGACAAACUGUAAUUUUGCACAUUUUGUCGGUGUUUACAUCACCCUGUACUUUGCACAUCUUCUCUUGAUCAUUUGGUUGUUGUAUGUCUUGUUUUCCCAAAAUCUUAUAAGUGUUAAUUGUCGUGAACGUGAAGGAACGUUUAUGCCGUCAUGAUUAGAUUUGUUUUUGUUCUUGUUUAAGUUAUUAUUAUUUUACAUAAAUGUAUUUUUGCAUUGUGCACUUAAAUUAUUUUACCUUUCCCUAUUGGGUGCCCAUCUAUUAGUGAAAUAGAUAGGCAGGAUUAUGUGAAUAUAACGAUAUAGACUUUAAAACAACAGAUUUUAAAAUGAAUGUCAGGCUUUCUGUGGCCAGAUAGUAAAUAGCGUAAACCGAUAACUACUAAAUUAUUUCACCAUAUGUAUAAACUAUGCAGCGUUUAAUAUUGUUUGCUUUUAAUAUACUAGACAGUGGUGUCCGGAUUUUUGAUGUUUCUUCUCUGUUGUAAACAAGCACAUCCUUAGUAUGCUAUAGGAACUGAUGUCUGCAACCUGUCUUUACUUUCCACCGCAAAACUACAAUGUAUGUUGUACUGUAAAUGAAACUGGCAUUCCAUGCUCCCCCUCUUGUAUCUUCUCCUUCAAAUGUACCAAGUAUGUAAAGGAAAGAAAGUUAUUUGUCAAGUUUACCAUUGUAAGUUGAAUAAACCCCUCUUAUUUCAAAGAAA